AUCCGUGCGGAUACUGCAACCUUAUCUGCCUCCAUUGCUCUUGUAAAUUGUGUAUACUUUUUCCAUAUACAGCCCAAAAAGACCAGUUCUAGAGGUGGAAAUUACAUGAUGGCAAAGCGAAAGAUGAUUAUCGAUUGUGAUGCCGGCAUCGAUGACGCUCAAGCUAUUCUCGUAGCAUUGGCUGCUCCUAAUGUUGAAGUGGUUGCGAUCACGUGUGUCGCUGGCAAUACAACUAUUGAAAACGUUUGUGUGAAUGUGCUUAAAGUUUUGGAGUUGUGCAAUCGAACAGAUAUUCCUGUCUUUAAAGGAGCCGCUGGUUCAUUGUUAGAUGAUAGCAAGGGUUCUGCUUCUCAUUUUCAUGGCAAGGAUGGCCUUGGAGACGUUAAAGACAUUCCUGACCCAGACAUGUCACUACUGAAGACUGAACAUGCUGUGAAUGCCAUGAUCAGAAUAGUAAACGAGCAUCCUGGAGAAAUCACCUUGGUUCCUCUGGGACCAUUAACUAAUGUUGCCCUUGCAUGUCGACUUGAUCCAGACAUUUCUUCCAAACUAGAAAAUGUGGUGAUCAUGGGGGGGAACUUUGAGGCCAAAGGGAACACAUAUGUGAGUGCUGAAUUCAAUUUUCAUUUUGAUGUGGAAGCUGCUUACAUAGUGCUGAAUAAGCUCACCUGUCCAGUCUCCUUGGUGACAUGGGAAUUUUGUCUAAACCAUGCAUUAUCUUGGGAUUUCUAUGACUCGUAUAUCGGACAAGGGACGAAAAAAUCUGAUUUUAUACAAAGGAUUUCUCAUGUCUCAGCCUCAUUCUACAAGGAAAACAAGAGAGGCUUUGGACAGGGCUACACAAGUUGCGAUCCUCUUGCCAUGUCAGUAGCUGUCAAACCAGAGAUUGUAACCGAGGAAACAAGUGUGUAUGCCACGACAGAGCUACAUGGGCACUUGACUCGAGGUCAAAUGGUUGUGGAUUGGAGAGGUCAUCUUGGAAAGAAACAUAAUAUUAUGUUAGUUCAAGAGGUUGAUUUGGAAGCUCAUAAAGUUUUGAUGAUGAACUCCUUGAAAUAAUUACACAUAAAAAGAGGAAUAAGAACCAAAGACAAUUGUAGCUGGCCUAACCUGGAUGGACUACACUUAGGGAACUAAAAGUGGCUUCUAUCUAAUUUCAUGUUAUAUUGUUAUAACUGAAUCAAACAGUAAGCUCCUGUGAAUAAAGAAAAUGAUCACCAUCUUAAGCUCUUAAUUUUUCAACAAAUUGUUCCAGCCAGUACUGCAGGAAGUGUAUAGAGAACAAUAGGGAGAAUAUGCCUUUUGAUGUUACUGGCUUAAUAGCAAUUAUAUCCAAGAAUCCUUUCUAGAAUUUUACCUUAAGUUUUGAAAGUAGGAUUAUGGACCAAUCUAUAAGCAUAGUGAAUGUUAUGUGCCAUUUCAAGGCUGCAAAUAACCAACGGGCAGUUGCCGGUCACAUUGUCUGGUCAAACAUGCUUUUGCUGGGACACUACCCGUUUUUGGCCGGACAAAUUUUAACAGUCGGAACUCUUGCGAUAGUGA